GAAGAUUAGUAAGAUAAUUUUAUUUUAUAGUUUAUUUUAAUAUAAGGAUAUUCAUUAUAUAUAAUCAUGUAUUUUUAUACAAAUGGAUACUAUGCGGCAUGCUGUUAGCAGUAUUGGUCAUUUGAUGGACAAUCCUCCAGAUCGAGCCAUAUAGAAUGAUGGAUGCUCUAGCACAUGUGAAGUGGGACCUCGAGAGUGUGUUAGAGAGCCUUCCAACAUUACCCGUGACAGGGCAUCCGGAUAUUUCUUCUCCGACUUUUGGUGAUUACAGUGAUUUUCCCUCCACCUCCACACCUGUGUAUGAUUUCAGUGAUAUUCCCUCCACCUCAAUGCCUACGUAUGAUUUUCCAUCGACAUCGGUCCUAACUCAUCUAUCUGAUGUCCCUUCGACAUCGGAAGUGCAGUUUGAUAUCCCGUCGGCAUCCAUCCGACCAUUUGAUAUUCCAUCUACGUCAGAGGUUCGUCGCGAUGAUGUUGUAUAUCGACAUAGGCGAUGACGACAUGGUCAUAUUGAGACGCAGGAAGAGAUACUACCAUCAACUGUUGAGCAAGGGACGGAGCCGAUUGUUGAGGGCAUCGCCAUUGAGCAUAUUGAUCAUAUGCAUGUCAUUGAGCCCGUGCAGCCUGAGAUAGAGCGUGACAUGCAUAUUCGAGGACAGAGUCGAGGACGCGGUCGUGGAUGCGGACG